AUGGGCCACAGAUUCAAUAAGGGUCAUGACCAGGCAAAAUCGCCGUUCUUCAAGAAUCUCAGUGAAGACACCCGGCGCCUCAUUUACCUGGAACUCUUCGGUGAACGCCGUUUACAUGUUGAAUUCUGCCAUCAAUCUCCCUUGUUCCACCGAAAAGGCCAUCCUGCCGGUCGCCUACCAGGUUGGUGGCAUUGCGUCUGUCGAAGAAAUGACACAGAGCCACACAAACACGAUGAGUCCAACCACAAGUGGUGUUUUCUCUCGGCGAGUUUGCUUCGCACUUGUAAACGAGCUGUCGAGGAAGGCCUUCCGGUGCUAUAUGGCACUAACAUGUUGGGAUUCAAAAACUCGAAAGCCCUCCUUCACUUCAAAGCUCAAGUCGAACCAUAUUUCUCGCUCAUCAAACACUUGGACAUUUUUCUCGGCGAUAUCGGGCUUUCAAUCAAAUCCAGUCACUCCACCAGCUCCUCUGUUUGGGAACUCGAAACCCUACUCCAUGUCAUGGAAGGAUGUUACACGCGAUCUUCAAUCAACCUGCGGCUUCGAUUCACCCGCAACAAUUCUGUUCAUAAUGAUGGCAAGAGACAUUUGAUUUGCUGUCUACUUACUACAUUUCUGAAAAAGAUUCAAGGCCUUCGGAUUACAACCGAAGUUGUCUUGUCAGCCAAUCUGAAAGCAGUGGCGGAGUUGUGCAAUGAAGGCGGCUACUUGACAUUCACUACCGGGUCGUCUGACGGCUUUGCCGACAAAAAAGGUGAGGGUUCUGACGAUGAGAACUACGGAGUCAUUCAUUUUUCACCAGACACUGGUGGAUGGGAUAAUACUUGGAGCGAUUAG